CUAGUACAACAUUCCGUGUCUCUAAAGAAUCGACCAUUUAAACGCGAUUUUUAUCUCAAGAUGCGAGCUUACAAGACGCGUGUCUAAACUAUUAUUAUUAACUAUUAAUAAUUCAAUUUCUCUCCAGCUAAAGUACAAGAGGCGCGUUUACAAGAUGCUGCAUCUGGACGAGAAGCAGCUCAAGGCGAUGCACACCAGGACGAAGUUGCGGAAACUUUUGGAUUAUGUUGCGAAUAGUCAAGUCGAGAAAAUCGCCAACAUGUGCAGCAAGGGUCUCGAUCCGAACUUCCAUUGUCAAGAGACGGGCGAGACGCCGUUGACCCUGGCGACGACGCUGAAGAAGCCGGCGAAGGUGAUAAUUGCAUUGGUAAAUGGCGGCGCCUUGUUGGAUUACCGAACGAAGGAAGGAUUGACGGCGAUGCAUCGGGCAGUGGAAAGGAACAGCCUGGAGGCUGUCAAGACUCUUUUGGAGCUGGGUGCCAGUCCAAAUUACAAGGACACCAAAGGCUUGACGCCAUUGUAUUACAGCGUCAUCUACAAGACGGAUCCGAUGCUCUGCGAGACGCUUUUGCACGACCACGCAACGAUCGGGGCCCAAGAUCUGCAAGGAUGGCAGGAAGUUCAUCAGGCUUGCCGCAACAACCUGGUCCAGCAUCUGGACCACCUGUUGUUCUACGGGGCCGACAUGAACGCCAGGAACGCGUCAGGGAACACUCCUCUCCACGUGUGCGCGGUGAACAACACCGACUCCUCGUGCAUACGCCAGCUGCUCUUCAGGGGCGCCCAGAAGGACGCCCUGAACUACGCCAACCAGACGCCCUACCAGGUGGCCGUCAUCGCCGGCAACAUGGACCUGGCUGAGGUCAUCAAGAACUACCAGCCGGAAGAAGUCG